AUGAAGCAGUCUAGGAGUCUGAACCAAGGUGGAGCUGAGAUCCAAGCCGAAGUCUCCAAUGAAGCUCUCUGGAAGACUAUCUUCAGAAGACAAUCCCCAGAAGAGAAUCUCCACAAGACUGUCUCCACCAGACUGCCCCCAGAAAACCAGCCUCCACAACACCAGUCACCAGCCAAAGGAAUCCAUAGCUUUUAUGACGCCCUGGCUCAAAAGUCAGGGUUCCAAUUUCUCCGUCUCAGAGGCCCCGCCUCCUCGGGCACCUGUGCUUGGCGCAGCUCCUCUUGGGACACAGAGCUCCACCCUUGGCCCGCCUUCAUUAAGCCCGGGAGUAGGUACCGAUGCUGGCUACUCCUUAUCCAAAGAGUAAUUCCCAGGGAGGAGAGACAGCACCUCUGUGGACAUUUUCUUCCUCUCCCCAUCCCGGGCGCUCAGCGUGAGCUACCUCCAAACCCCGCGGCUAUCUCUGGGCCGGUGUAUGUCAUGAGCCCCGUGUCCCACAGUGGACCCCCGACGCUGGGGUACCUUGGGCUCCUAUCGUUGUUGCUGCUGCUGCUGUACCUGUCCGAGGCGCACGGUGCCUGCAAUAGCCCUCCAGAUAUACCCAACGCUAAGCCAGAACUGAAUGGUCUAACAACUUUUCCUGUUAACAUCACUAUAACAUACAAAUGUAAUGAAGGAUUUGUAAAAAUGCCUGGCAAGUCAGACUCACUGGUCUGUCUUCAAUCCAAAAAAUGGUCAAAGUGGUCAGAGUUUUGUAAUCGUACUUGUGAUGUCCCACCUUCAUUACGUUUUGCUUCACUCAAAAAACAGUUUAGUAAACAGAACUACUUUCCAGUGGGUUCCGUUGUGCAAUAUGAGUGCCGGCCAGGCUAUAGAAGAGAUCCUUCUCUGCCAGCAAAACUUACGUGCCUUCAGAAUGUGGUGUGGUCCAAUGCCUCUGAAUUCUGUAAAAGAAAAUCAUGUCCAACUCCUCCAGAGCUCCUACACGGUCAUGUUAAUAUAGAAACUGACAUCUUAUUAGGCUCAUUCAUCACUUUUACUUGUAAUGAAGGAUAUAUGUUAUCAGGAGCAGAAGAAAGUCAGUGUAUUUUUGCAGAUAAAAAUGUUGAUUGGAGUCACCCACAUCCAGAGUGCACAGAAAUUUCAUGUCAAGAACCUCCAAAAAUUAUUAAUGGAGAAAUCCAAGGAAAUCAGGACAGUUAUAAAUAUGGAUCAUCUGUAACUUAUAUAUGUGAUAAAAACUUGUCACUUAUUGGGGAGAAGUCUAUUCAUUGUACUGUUAAAGGUGAACAAGGAGAAUGGAGUAGCCCUCCCCCUCAAUGCAAAGAUGUCAAGUGCAAAAAUCCAAUAGUUCCAAACGGUCACACGAUAUCCCCAUCAAAACCACCUUAUAGAUAUCAGGACACCUUGAUAUUUGACUGCGAUUCUGGAUUCAUCCUGGUGGGCAAUAGCACGAUCCAAUGUGGUUCUGAUAAUGAGUGGACUCCUGGUAUUCCACUCUGUAAGGGAAUUACCACAGUGGCCCCAACAACAGUUAAAAAAUUGACCACAACAAAUGCUCCAGCAACAGAGGCCCCACCACCAACACAACAAGCCAACCCAACAAAUGUUCCAGCAACAGAGGCCCCACCACCAACACCACAAGCCAACCCAACAAAUGCUCCAGCAACAGAGGCCCCACCACCAACACAACAAGCCAACCCAACAAAUGCUCCAGCAACAGAGGCCCCACCACCAACACAACAAGCCAACCCAACAAAUGCUCCAGCAACAGAGGUCCCACCACCAACACAACAAGCCAACCCAACAAAUGCUCCAGCAACAAAGGACCAAUCACCAACACAACAAGCCAACCCAACAAAUGCUCCAGCAACAGAGGCCCCACCACCAUCACAACAAGCCAACCCAACAAAUGCUCCAGCAACAAAGGACCAAUCACCAUCACAACAAGCCAACCCAACAAAUGCUCCAGCAACAAAGGACCAAUCACCAAUACAACAAGCCAACCCAACAAAUACUCCAGCAACAAAGGACCAAUCACCAAUACAAGCCAACCCAACAAAUGCUCCAGCAACAAAGGACCAAUCACCAACAAAACAAACCAAUGUCACAAAUUCUCCAGCAACAGAAGCCCCACCAUCAAUGCAACAAGCCAAUGCCACUAGCUCUCCAGCAACAGAGGCUCCACCACCAACACAACAAGCCAACCCAACAAAUGCUCCACCAACAAAGGCCCCACCACCAAUACAACUGGUCAACGUAACAAAUGUUGCCACCACCCCCACUCCAGCAACAAGCAAAAGAUCCACCACAACAACUCAGAGAUCUACGAGAAUUGUCACCACUCUUCGUCCUUUUAAAGCUACAUCUUUUCACACAACAACAAGAGUGACAGAAUUGAGUGAGAAAAGAACCACUCCUUCAGGUGCUGCCACCUCUUUCAGUGGUAAGUCCAACCUUCUGAAAAUCUUAAAAUGUUGUUGUCAUUAUCCAUAUAAUAUAUUUGUCAUUAAUUCAGGCCUCUGGGUGAUCCUAUGUCACUCUUCUUUGAAUGCUAUUGAAAUUAAAUGUUUAUGUGAACCAAAGAGAUAUCAAAUAAAUAGACGGUAUGUACACAUGUUGCUGAAAUGCAGAUGCUGUCGACCUGCUUUGCUCUCGUUUCUUCCACAUCUAUUCUGAUGAGAAGGAUCUGAUCAUACUCAAUGUCUACCUUGUGCCAAGUAGUCUACUAAGUACUGUGAUGAAAUCAAAAAGAAUUAAGAUACAGUUCCUGUUCAAAUUACAGUUCAAAUAAUCCAUAAUCCAUUACACAAUUCCUCCUUGACUUAACAUUAUUCCACCUAGAUAGACUGUUCAUGAUCACUAUUGGCUUUCAAAAUAUAUAGCCAUUUUAUGCCUUUAAGUUCUUUUGGGAUAACUUUAC